GCCGAGAUAGGGUAACAAAAUGAACUACUGUAUGCAAGAAAUAUAUGAAGUGCACCCAGCUGCUGGUAGCAAUUGCUACAUGCAGUCCACUGAUUAUUGCACAUAUAUCGAAGAUAAUCAGGGUUACAGCAGUUGUGAUGCUCAGGUCCUGCACGGUAACAACAUAUAUAUGGAACAGGCCUGGGCGGUGAAUCAGCCUUAUACCUGUAGUUACCCUGGAAACGUGUUUAAAAGCGAGUACUCUGACAUGGACAUGGCCCUGAAUCAGUACAACCAACCUGAAUAUUUCACCGAAGAAAAACCUACUUUUUCUCAAGUGCAGUCGCCAUCGUACUCUCAGAAGAAAGGGUAUAUACCCAGUUACUUAGACAAGGAUGAGCUAUGUGUAGUAUGUGGGGACAAAGCCACCGGAUAUCAUUAUCGCUGCAUCACUUGCGAAGGUUGCAAGGGUUUUUUUAGAAGAACCAUUCAGAAAAACCUCCAUCCAACCUAUUCCUGUAAAUAUGAAGGAAAAUGUGUGAUAGACAAAGUAACAAGAAAUCAGUGCCAGGAAUGUCGCUUCAAAAAAUGUAUCUUUGUUGGCAUGGCAACAGAUUUGGUGUUGGAUGACAGCAAACGGUUGGCAAAGAGGAAGCUGAUAGAAGAAAAUCGAGAGAAGAGACGUCGGGAAGAGCUGCAGAAAACCAUUGGGCACAAACCAGAACCCACGGAUGAGGAGUGGGAGCUCAUCAAAAUUGUUACUGAAGCACAUGUGGCCACUAAUGCACAAGGAAGCCACUGGAAGCAGAAAAGGAAAUUUCUGCCAGAAGACAUUGGACAGGCACCAAUAGUUAAUGCCCCAGAAGGUGGGAAAGUGGAUUUAGAAGCCUUCAGCCAGUUUACAAAAAUUAUCACACCAGCGAUAACAAGAGUGGUGGAUUUUGCCAAAAAGUUGCCUAUGUUUUGUGAGCUGCCAUGUGAAGACCAGAUCAUCCUUCUGAAAGGCUGCUGUAUGGAGAUAAUGUCCCUCCGAGCAGCAGUUCGCUAUGACCCUGAGAGUGAGACUUUAACACUAAAUGGGGAGAUGGCGGUGACAAGGGGCCAGCUGAAAAAUGGGGGUCUUGGCGUAGUGUCUGAUGCCAUUUUUGACCUGGGCAUGUCUCUUUCUUCAUUUAACCUGGAUGACACCGAGGUUGCCCUUCUUCAGGCUGUUCUACUCAUGUCCUCAGAUCGCCCAGGCCUUGUUUGCGUCGAGAGGAUAGAAAAGUGUCAAGAGGGUUUCCUCCUGGCAUUCGAACACUACAUUAAUUACAGAAAACACCAUGUUGCACACUUUUGGCCAAAACUGCUGAUGAAAGUGACAGACCUGCGAAUGAUCGGAGCCUGCCAUGCCAGCCGCUUCCUGCACAUGAAGGUGGAGUGCCCCACAGAACUCUUCCCUCCAUUGUUCCUGGAAGUGUUUGAGGAUUAGAGAGACUGGAGCGGUUCUCCGCACCCCCGUCGCACUACUGGCUGUCAUUUCAUCCCGUGGCCUGGCUCUUUUCACCUCUGUUCGUUCUUCUUCUUCUUUCAUUCUCUUCUGUUUCUUGAGGCGGGGUUGGGGUUUUUGUUUGGGUUUUUGUUUGGGGUUGCUGGGGGGCGGUUCUAUACACAUGGAUGAAAACAUCCCUUUAAUGCGGGUACUUGUGACUAUUGCAAUUUGUUCUUCAGUCCUUUGAUGUGAA